AUGCCAUGCCUCCCGCGGAGCGCCAAGCUUGUUGGCUGGCAGGCUCGAGCCGGAACUGCCUCUGUCUGCUCUGUGUCUGUGCCUCGCUCGUGCUGCUGCUGGCUGGAAGGCGUCGCUGCGCGCCACCUGGAGCGCCAUCUUGACCAGGAGUUGCGGGGCGAGCUGGUUCUUCUCUACGGCGCGGAGGCGCGAGCCACGGACAUGGGCUUCUACCUGCUGCACCUUGUGCAACUACCGUUGCUGCGGACCGGACGGUAUGCUCUAGUGGCAGCACUGAUUGUGGCCUUCCUGGCUCCCCCGCUGGACAUUACACCGCCGCCCGUCUUUGAUCCUAUACGCCUUCCUCCCACGCAGGCGACUCGGGCUCUGCUGCCCCCGGUGAACCCUCUGCCCCAUGAACUCUUGGACUUGUGGGCCGAGGUUCGUGCCGCCCGCUUUGCGAAGGCGGCGCUCCGCAGCCGCUUGGUGGAGCUCUGGCGACGCACCGCUUCGCUCCAGAACAGAGCCGGCGCACUUAUGCGUGCGCUCGGCUGCCUUGGCAACUAG